AUGCAAUAAAUCAAUCCAAUAACCAUUAAAUGUCCAAAUUCAGAACAUGCCAAUGAUGUCAAAUUGCUAUUUUUUAAUGAGUCCUUUUCAGUAAAUAGAUUAUAUUGUAUUUAAUGUAUGAGAGAUAGAAUUCAUGUUUCUCAUCCUUAAAUUAAUAAGAAUUACCAAUUUUAUUGGAAUUUAUUGAAAAAAUUUAUAAAAAAUGUGAUAAUUGCAUUACUAGUUUAAAUAAAUAAAUGGAUUUUAGUUUAUCAAUAAUUUUAUGUAUUUAUUGAUGGAAUUAGAUCUAAAUAUUUGAAAAUUAAAUAAUAAUUUCAAUAUUUUGAUUCAAAAUAGAUGAAUUCCUUUUUUGCAGGAGCUAUUCAAUUCAAAUCAUUUUAAAAACAAUUGAAGCUCAAAUAUAAUAAUCGAUUAAGAAAUUCUAAAGUUAAAUGCAAAAGUUUACAUCUGAUUUACAAUUAUACUUCAUUUAAUCAAUUUUAUAAAAUAUUAUUGUAGAUCAAAAUAAAUCUGGGUUAAACUAUUAUUCAAUAUUUGAUUCAAAUAUUCAGAAGUCACAAGAAUUAUAUGAAAAAGGAAUUAAUCAAUUUGAUUAGGCUAUUAAUCAAUAUUUUAGGAUGA